ACCGAUGUAAGCAGUGUGAAAUCAAACGGUAGUCAUUUUCUCGUGUUUCUUACCUUUGUUGGGAUGCUGCUGUCUAUCGAUUGAACAGACUAAAUAAAAAAUCGAUUCUCCGUUGAUUGGUUCUGUGAUUCAGCCCCUUUUGUGUUCUGUUUUUUUUUUUGAUUUGGCAUGUUGUCAUCACCAGAUUUGCUGAGGGCGCAGCAGGUUUGAUGCCCACUGCUCCCAUCAUGGAGCCCUCAGAUUUGAUCACACACAAGAACGGGAGGCAGAGGAAGCUGGUGGGUAACAACCUCCCAUUUGAAAACAUGAGGGAUGUGGACAGGGGAGAGACAAGCUCCCCUGAGCUGGAAGUUGAAGAGGAAGCAGAGGGUCUCAUCAGAGGGUCCGACUCUGAGGACAGAAGGCAUCGCAGAGGCAGGCCUGGGAUCCGUGGCGAGCUGGGCAACGUGCUGCUUCUUCUGUUCCUCUACGUGCUGCAGGGGAUUCCUCUUGGACUGGCUGGCAGCAUCCCUCUGAUCUUACAGAGUAAGAGCGUCAGCUACAAAGACCAAGCUUUCUUCAGCUUUGUCUUCUGGCCUUUUAGUCUCAAGCUUUUCUGGGCACCGCUGGUGGAUGCGCUGUACUUCAGGAGGUUUGGCAGAAGAAAGUCAUGGCUGGUGCCUACACAGUACCUCCUGGGCCUCUUCAUGCUCUACCUUUCUGUAACAGUCAACUCGCUGCUGCAGAGUGAGACAGGACCAUGUGUUGUAACACUUACUGCAGUCUUUUUUAUGCUUGCCUUCCUGGCAGCCACGCAGGAUAUAGCUGUGGAUGGCUGGGCCCUGACUAUGUUGUCCAGAGAAAAUGUUGGAUAUGCAUCGACAUGCAACUCAGUAGGCCAGACAGCUGGCUACUUCUUGGGCAAUGUGCUCUUUCUGGCUCUGGAAUCUGCAGACUUUUGCAACAAAUACCUCAGAAUAGAGCCUAAGGACACAGGCAUUGUCACCUUGUCAGAUUUCUUGUUUUUUUGGGGAGUGGUGUUCCUGGUUUCCACCACUCUGGUAGCUGUCUUUAAAAGGGAAAAUGAACAGGGCAAAGGGAAGAGGAAAGCCCCAGAGGAGACGCAGGGCGUCAUGGAAACCUACAAGUUGCUGUUCACCAUCAUCAAGAUGCCCACAGUCUUCACCUUUUGUGCCCUGCUUCUCACUGCCAAAAUUGGCUUCUCUGCAGCAGAUGCAGUUACAGGUCUGAAGCUGGUGGAGGCUGGAGUUCCCAAGGAGCAGCUGGCAUUGCUGGCGGUGCCCAUGGUACCUCUGCAGAUCCUUCUACCAGUGGUCAUCAGUAAAUACACUGCAGGGCCCAGACCUCUGGAUGUCUUCUACAAGGCCUUCCCUUUCAGGUUGCUUAUAGGGCUGGAGUAUGCUCUGCUGGUGUGGUGGACCCCCAGUGUCAAACAAGAAGGAGGGUUCCCCAUUUACUACUUUGCCAUUGUGCUGCUUAGCUACGCAUUGCAUCAGGUGGCAUUGUACAGCAUGUAUGUGGCCUGCAUGGCCUUCCAUGCCAAAGUGAGUGACCCCCUCAUUGGUGGGACCUACAUGACCCUGCUGAACACAGUCACUAACCUCGGAGGAAACUGGCCUUCCACUGUGGCUCUGUGGAUGGUUGAUCCGCUGACUUCUAAGGAAUGCCAGGGGGCUGCGGGGCAGACCUGUGGCUCUUCAGAAGAGGCAGGGCUGUGCGUUAAGGAAGGCGGCGUUUGUGUGACUACACUGGAUGGCUACUAUGUGGAGUCUGUGGUGUGCGUUGUGAUUGGUUUAGCCUGGUGGGUGUGGUUAGGGAAGAAAAUGAGGCGGCUGCAGGAGCAGAGCCCGGCUGCAUGGAGGUGCAGAGUGAAUCAGUGACAGCACUUAAUCAUCCAAACCACAGACACUUCUUGGUGCACUGUACCUGCAUAUUCCAAAAACGGCUAGUUGCUGGUCAUACUGUAAUUCCAUCCUCACCCAUCUGGUGUAAUUCCUUUGGUCCUGCAGUAGCUGCUACAUUCUGCAAACAUUUACCCUCACACUUUCUUGCUUCGGUCACCAUAAACUACAUAUAUAUGAAGAAAUUCAACGUUGUUGUCUUCUCUGAAGGUAAAAAUCAUUCUCAUUAUUACCCUUGCUAAGUGUAAGUGUCCCACUGGAAACUGAAACAACCAGUCAGUCAGAAUUGUUAUUUCCUGAAACCAUAUACUGCUGCUUGAAAUAGCUUAACCAAACCAGAGCUGAGUCAAAGAGUAUGUUUAGAUAUUUUUUGGAGGCUUGUUUUAACUUACUUGGAUAAUCAAGUUUGGCUGCUCUGUACAUUUUUACAAAUUAAAGAUGCACAAUCCAAAAUGCAGAAAUUUUCCAAUCUAUUUUCGCCCAUUAUUGAUAUGGCACAUUUUUCAACCUAACUACAGAGAACAUCAGGCCUCUCUUGAAUGAAAUUGUAAUGUUCAAAAUAAGACUACUUUAUGUCUUUAACGUACCUGUUUGACGUGCCAUCUUUAUUUUUAUACAACAUUUUCAAACAUAACUACAUUUUUCGUGUGACAGGCGUUCUCUUCCCAUCACUGUUCGUCGUGGGCUGAUGCUGAUAUUUUGUUUUGAAGCCUUUAUCUGAUGUUGCAGAUUAUGAUGCUGACAUCAUUGUGCAUCCCUUCUCCAAACAACAGCGAUAAAUUAGCUCGUGAAAUUUGAAGUCUUCCACCACAUAAAAAAAUCUCUGCAUUUCAGACUUGUUCACCGUCCUGUCCAUGAAGGGAAAACUCGGACAGAACAUACAGUUCCACACUUUCGAUUCAACUGUAUGCACGUGUGGAUUUCUAAAUCAUGUCUGACCUGAUGCAGUUUAAAUGAACUUAAACCCAGAGUAAAGAAUAUCUUUCAUUGCUGUUUGACUCAGAUCUGAACCAGUCGGGGGUUGUUUUGUUUGUUUUUUUCCUAAUGAUUAUUUAAAUAGAUUUUAUUUCCUCGUGAGUAAUUUGUGCCUUGUUUAUUUUUUCAACAAAGCAGGCUGGGAAUAUUACAGUAAUGAAGUAAAACCGAUGAUGACUCAUUGUGUAACACUGCUUUCAGUAAUAUACUGUCGAUUGGUAAGGGACAUAAAACAACAUGGCUGCUUUCAUAUUUUAGUUAUUUCUCUUAAUGAAGCUGAGUGCACAUUCCUUUGGGAAAAAUAUUUUUUUUCACAACUCCUAAUACAAAACCAGCAUCAUCAGUGGUUAAAGGAACUGAGGUGGCUGAAACAUUCAAUGGUUUUAUUGGAACAGUUCUUUUUUUAUUUUUCCGUGCUUUCCUUAAAUCCCAUUAGUUUUACUCUGUAUAGGACCAGUUACAAAGGUUAAUAGUAUAUUGGUUGAUGCAGGUUUUUACCAUUGAACCAUCUUGGUUUUCAAUAGGGCCUGUCUGGUGGGAUUUUAUUAACAUAUUUUCCUUUGCAGCCAAACCCUAGUGAGGAACAGGCAGCAGUAUCCAGUUUUAUAGAUACAUUAUGACUAAAUAUAUUGUAUACUCAUUUUUAAUGCAACACAUUAUUACAGCCAUAUAGUCUGUCUAAAUAGGGAGUGUAUAUCAAGGAUCCUUUGGCAGAUUCCAUCUUUGUGGGACAUAAACACCAGCCAUCAGUGAGGAGGAGUCACAUUCAUCUGUAAUGUGUUUAUCAGCUUGGCAGUUAUCAAGCUUCCCCCGAAGAGCCUUAUUCUAGACUUUGUGUUGGCUUAUCAUUAAAUAUACAGUGUGUGUAGCAGGUGCAUAUGGGGGUUUUAUCACCUGCUGUUGCCUGGAAUAAAUAAAAGGAAUUUAUUGCCCACAAAGCUAUCCAGAUCCCAGACCAGCAGAAACUCGAUAAGCAAACGCUCUGCUUAUUUGUUUCAUACUGUAUGUAGAAGUGAAUGUUGCAGUAUUUUCUCUAAAGCCAGCACUAAAAAUCCAACUGCUUUAUCAAAUGUAAACGUUCAAGUGCACAAUCAGCGUUUACGUGAGGGUAAGAUAAAUUUUUAUUUUGCGUUAUGUCUGAUUACCUGUGCCGAAUUUUGUGAAUCACUGGUAAAAUGUCAGAUUUUUCUGUUACCGUGGCAGAGAUUGUGUUGUGAUUUUUUUAUUUUCCUCCAUCUGAUUCCUCUGAAAUGCACAGAUGUCAUACUGAACAUUAAACUCACAUACUUCAUGUUUAUGGGGCCUUUCAUGUUUGUUUACGACAGAAUGGUUUUUAAUGACAAAACUACAUCCUGAAAACCUUUUUAGCCAUUAAAGAGAGCACUAAAUUUG